AUGUACAUUUGUUCUAUGGCGGCGUCGAAGAUGGAAAACAGCUCACAGCCUCUUCUCUACACCGAUUGUGAAGGCUUUAGAGGAAGUGGCGCUGGCGAAUUCAUGAAGGCAGAUGAGGAAGAGAAGAAAAUCCCGGAACAUGAAACUCAUGCACAACAAGAAGAAAGCGCAGCGUCAAGCGGCCAAGAUGGUGAAACAUCGAAGAUGGAUACGAAAGAAACCUCAACAGGGGUUCGGCGCAAAAUCGACGCAGCGGUUACACACACUCUCAAAUCCAUUAGCCGCAUGUUGCAGCCUAGCAUGACAAAGCGAUCCACGGCAGUGGACGAAAUGUUUCCACGACUGCUGUACAAUUUUUCCGACGUCAUCAUCUACGUUGUCAGCCAUCAAGCCGCAAAGACCAUGGGGCUGACCUUGAACAAACUCGUCGGCUGGAGUGAUUCGUCGCACGAGGCAGCUAUAAACCGAGUGGUUCUUCCUCACUUCAUCAUUGUCAUCAAUAAAUGUCCAAAGGGGAGCGUCUGGGAUCAAAAGCUGACUACCAGCAGCAUUUUAAAGGAGCAGGCGGAUCUAUUGGCAGAAGACACAGCUGGCACGAACAGAAAAACCAUAGACCAGCUCAACAAAUCAUAUGCGUCUGUCCAGUUCAUCAAUAUUCCCAAUAUGGAGGAUACAAAACCGCGUGUCGAACAGCUCGAAGAUUUCUACUCCCUGAUCGUGACGACGGUCAAGGCUGCUCAGCAAAACAAAGCCGAUGUUGGCAUGUCAUUGCCGUCGAGGUCUCUGCAUCAAUUUUAUAAGACGGCCUUUGAACACUACAGUAGAACCUUGGAUGAGCCCUUCAACUUCAUACGAGCCCUGGCGGAGGCGCAACCGCCGGUGAAAUCUCUCGUGAAUAGCUUUCGCACCAUUAUGACGGCAGCCAUGAAAGCCUUGGAUGUUGGGCGUUGA